AAAAGCCCGGGUUCAGCAGAAAAACAGUUUAUUUACUAAAAGAAAUCUUAAAAAUUAUCCAAAAUCAUCCUUAAAAAUCGGUUCCUUUUUCGUGUAGCGGGAAGGAAAUUUGAUCCAUCAAGUCAUCAACUUUCGCUUGCAGAAGCUCUACGAUAUCGGAUGAGAUAAAAACGUGACGUUCAUCCAAGUCUUGAAUAAUAAAUUUGCGUCCCAGAGCGAGUGUUUCAUCAAGGUGCAACAAAAAUUGUUUCAUAGCCGGGUCACUGCAACGAAAAAAAAAAGAAAUGUCAAAACGUAAAUUAACCUCAGACGACAAAAAAUCCCUCCUUUUGGACUUUUUUCACGAAAAAUGCGAAGUUUUCCAACUGAAAGAGCUCGAAAAAGUCGCUCCUCGUACGACGGGCAUCGCUUCGCAAGGCAUCAAAGACAUUCUUCAAAAGUUACUUGACGACGGGCUUGUCGAUACAGCAAAAAUCGGCUCCUCCGUGUUCUAUUGGUCUUACCCGAACAAGUCAAAAACCGAAAAAAUCACAAAAUUGCAAGAACUUCAAAAGCAACUCACAUCAUUGGAAGCUCAAGUUGCAAAAUUACAGCAAGAACAGUCCCUUCGUGAAGCUGAAAUCGCCAAAGAAGCCGACGAAAAUGCAGAAAUUCACGAAAUCGAACAAAAAAACGCCGAGUUAAAAGAAAAAUAUCAAAAAUUACUCGACGAAUUGGGACCGGAUGAUCCAAACGACAAGCCCGAAACAUGGAUAAAGAUGAAAAAGGAUGCGAAAAAUAUUUAUGACGCCGCAAAUCGAUGGACCGACAAUGUUUUUGCCAUUAAAUCUUGGUGCAAGAAGAAAUUUAAUUGCGAAGAUGCGAUAAUCGACAAACAAUUUCGCAUUCCGCAGGAUUUUGAUUAUCUCGAAUGAGAGCUUACCAUUCCACGAGAACGCCUUUUAGCACGUUUACCAUAAUUUACAUCAGAAAACUCUUGGAAAAAUGUAUUUUGUGAGGAAUUUUCAAUAAAAUGUGAAA